CUCACUUUCCAGCCGCAUCCAUCGCUUCCUCUUGAAUUGACCAGAUCGCACAUGGACAGCACCACACUCCGCUGACAUCCGCGAUGCCAUCGAGCGCUCCCGCUGUCGCUACAGUGACCCAGAACGACGCGCCCAAGCUGGCCAACGGCAAUGGGGAUACCAGCAUUAGGCCGCUGUGCGCGCAGCUUGCGUCUAGACUAAAUGCUUUCCUGGCUGCCGAGCCUGAGUCCGAGAUGCUGCGUGGGGUGCAGGAGCAGACGAGGACGGCGCUGGGGGUGAUCACCACAGCGCUCGAGAAAUACACAUUGGAGGAAAUAUCUAUAUCCUACAACGGCGGCAAAGACUGUCUCGUCCUCCUCAUCCUCUUCCUCUGCGCCCUGGCGACUCACCCCGCCCCGCUUCCCGCCCGCCUACAAAGCGUCUACAUUAUCUCCCCCCACCCUUUCCAGGAGGUGGAUGACUUCGUCGACGAGUCAGAGGCCGAUUACUCCCUGGGGCUCGCACGGUAUGCGAUGGAUAUGAAGGCGGCGUUUGCGAAGUACCUGGAGGACGAGCCGAGGGUGAAGGCGAUUUUUGUCGGAACAAGGAGGACAGAUCCGCAUGGAAUGCUGUUGACGCAUUUUGAUCCCACAGAUCAGGGCUGGCCGGCGUUUAUGCGGGUGCACCCGGUGAUUGAUUGGCACUAUGCCGAGAUUUGGGGGUUUAUUCGAGCGAUGGAAGUGCCAUAUUGCCGGUUAUACGACCAGGGCUAUACCUCGUUGGGGGGGACUACAGAUACGCACCCCAAUCCGGCAUUGAAGGCAGAUAAGGGAGAUGGGACAAAGGACGAUAAGUUUAGACCCGCGUAUGAGCUGGUAGAAGACAAGGCGGAGAGAUUAGGUAGGGAAAAAUGAGGGGUGGCGGGGAGGGAGGGUGACUCAUGAGAUGCAUAGAAUAGCGACGCCGUUUUGUAUAUAUUUUUCGCGAAGCGAUCACCAUAGAAGCAUUUUUAGUCCCUAGAGCUAUGAAAAUUGGG